GAAGUGACAUCGAAAAAUUGAAAAAUGAAAAGGUGUUAACGAGACCAUUUUGGAAACAUCGUCGAAAAGAAAAAAAAAAAAAAUAAACAUAUUAAUGUACACGCAUUAAACGCUUGCAUAUGCGGGAACACCAUGACGAGCGUAGGAAGGGGAUCCCCAAAAUGCCAAUAACUCAUAGUGACAAAAAAAUUCCUACGCGAGAAUUCCGAUCGUGUAAGAGGUUACCAUUUCUUCUUUUUUUUUUUUGCAGUGGCAAAGGAGUGCAAAAAGCAACGCCCUGCAUGGAGAGUAACCCACCUUCGGAACAUACUGGAAUAUGAGAUUUGGUUUAACCGUGAAAGGGGUCCUACUUCUAUGUGUGCGUUUGCUUCAUACAAUUGUAGUCUCAAAAAAUGUUUGCACUGAGCAAAGCCAUUUUGUGAGAAAAAAGUACCACCAGUUGAGGGGUGUGUGUGUGCAUUUCCUUCUUUCCACUCCACGUAACAAUGUCGCUAGGGAUAAAUAUGCUUUGAGGAGGGAAUGGUCGUCUGCAAAAUUGUGUAAUCGUGCUAAGUGCAGCAAGAAGAGGCAGAUAAUGCAGGUCAGUUUCGGCAAAGGCAGUUUCCAACAUGAUGAGAGUACAUUCCAAAGGGGAAACAUCCUGAGCAAUAAAAAAAUGAAGUUAAUAAUUCGUCAGCUGAACAGGACCAAGUGGUACGACUUCAAAUUUUUUUCCCCAGCAAAAGUUAAUUUAUUUUUAAGACUAAAGGAAAGAAAGGAAACCCACAAUGAAUUAUCAACCCUAAUGCAUGCGAUAAAUUUAGGCGAUGAUAUUUUUAUAACUGCUUUGAGUACGGAGGAGCAGAAGAAGUUAACAGAGCUGCUGUUUCCGUGCCGGUCUGGCGAUUUCUUAACCAUACAGAAGGAUGAAGAGCACGAGGGGGAGCACAAAAAUGAGGAGAUGACCCCAGGGGGGAAAGAAGAAGACACGAGAUAUUAUUACAACCAUUACCCACUAAAUGAUGAUAACAUAAUUGCAAAGGUGUUGAGAAGAUACAGAGAAGAACUAGACACACGGGACAAUGUCAAAUUUUUAAUUCAUGUGGUGAAGCGCACUCCCAUUUUUAGUGGAAUAGGUGGAGGGUCAUCUAAUGGAGCUUCCCUUUUUUAUUUCUUGGAAAAGUAUUACUACAGAUAUUUAAAAUCAAAUCAGUUAAGGAACGAAUUUUUAAAAACUAUAGGAAGCGAUAUAUCCUUUUUUAGCAGCUCCGGUUUUGCCUACUGUACUGGCAAGGGCAAUAAUGUCAUCGAUUUGAGUGACGCCCAGGCAACCAUCUCGGGGCGCAGAAUAUAUAUUUUUCAAAUCAGCGAGGGACUCUCCUCUAGGACGGUCUAUCAAAAUGUUGAUUAUGGCCAGAUAGUGCAGUAUAACCCUGUGAGUUUGUUGAAACGGUUCAUAGUUAACGGGGAGAGUUGCAAUGCCGUCAAGCACGUGGAAGAAGCGGAGCGAAGUUAUUUGAAGCGGUUCGUGCCGCUGGACGGGACAUCUCUAAUGAAUAGCUUUGUAAACGACUUGGAACACUCUGCGUUUGCUUUGCUUAAGAAGGUGAAAUGUUUGAAGGACCUUCUACUGAAUCGAAGCCUUUUCGAUGCCGUAACGAUGAGUGGAAGCGGCUCCUCGUUAUUUGCACUGACAAAAAAGAAUAUGAGUUUAGACGAGGAGAAGAUGCAAAUGAAAAAUUUGAUUAAGCAAGUUCGGGAAAAGUUGCGUGUACCUUUAAAGGUCUAUCUGUGUAGCGCUUUGCGGAAGAAGGAGAACCUGUGGUAUAGGCCGGGCCAACUCGCGGAGAGGGUGGCCUAGGGGUGGCGGUGUGGUGUCCGCUCUUCUCCGCGCAUGCACGGGGAAGUGUGUGUACUGCAGUGUACGUAUGUACAUGCCCAUUGGUACGUACACUCCGGUUAAUAAUUUUUUUUUUUUUUUUUUAAUGCCAAAUGGGAUUCGUUCGGUUUGGUAAAAACUACUGCAAACGGUCGUGAUACCUGUUUGCCCUCCCUUUUUUAAAGCUACUUGUCAGCAUAGUUGUGGCCAUACAGCUGGCAUUUUUUUCGAGCGGGCAGUACAAACGCACCAGCGUCUUUUUGCCCUUCCCAGGAAAACGCACAUAUGGGUGCAAGUACCUUUAUGUGCAUCCUACGUAUGGUCCAUUUGGAUGCUUCCCCAAAAUGCUCACAUUUUAAAUUAAAUCACUGUCCAAUUUGGUAGGCACAUUUUUUCUGGUGCCCCCUUAAAUUGGCUCAUCAAAUGAGGCCCCAAUAGGUAUCCCCUUCUGUUUGUAGGCACCCCUUUCCCCCUAUUUGUUCCU